AUGGAUUCUGGACUCAGCCUGGACCUGACAUCAAACUCGCAGAAGGGCCGAAGAAGACAGACAUGCAGCGACAAGUUCAACGAUCUCAUGCUCAACAUAAGAUGCACAUUCGAACGGCUGAAUGAUCUGUGGGACGACGUGGAUAUGCCCGACGACAUGCGCAUGGCGCGCUCGUCCACAGCCUUCAACCACACCAACGAACUAUUUGAGGAGAUUAUCGAAUCCGAACAAGCAAUGGUUGUCGGCGUGAAACAAGGGAUCGACGAUGGGCAGGCAGAGAUAGAAAAACUGCGCGCAAAGCUGGAAAUGGAUGACUGGACGCCGCCCUCACACACAGAUCGCCGUGGCAUACCAAUGCUACAAGCCAUCCGAGCGGAAGUGCAAACGCUCAAAGAAGCUGUCGAGGAGCGCGUUCUGGAGCAAGAAGCCACCGUUGAGCGUGUCAAGCUUCUCUGCAGUCGGCUGGGCGAGGAAUCGGAAUUACUCGAUUCUGCCGAGGACGUGCUGUCAAAGGCCGACUUCGACUCUUUGAAGGAAAAAUCCGCGGAAAUGGAGCACCUCGUCGAAGAACGGCUGUCGCUUCUUCGCCAAAGCACAACG